AUGGUUUCAGCCCAAUACGGAAGACUCGGCUAUUGGCAGGAGAGAUAUUUGCACAAAAAGGAGCAGUUUGACUGAUAUGAGAAAUGGGCUGGCAUAAAAGAUAUCAUAACCCAAUACAUCCCAUUCGAUCAAAAAAUUUUAAACGUAGGCUGUGGAAAUUCAAAACUUGCUGAAGACAUGCAAGAAGAAGGCUACAUUUCCAUCAUGAAUAUCGACAACUCCCAAAUCGUCAUUGACGAUAUGAAAUCCUAUUACCAAGACAAAGAAGGUAUUGAAUUUGCUUGCAAAGACGUGAUGUCUAUGGAUUUUGCAAGCGGCAGUUUUGAUGCUGUUAUUGAUAAAGGCACUUUAGACUCCAUUCUCUGUGGAGACCGUUCUAAUAUUAUGGCUAGAAGAAUGCUUACCCAAGUCCACAGAGUAUUAAAACCACAAGGGAUUUUUGUCUCAAUAAGUUAUGCGCCUCCUGAAAACCGAAAUCGGUACCUAAAAUUGCCAGAUUUUACUUGGAAUGUAUUUGAGUAUAGAAUUUCGAAACCUGUGCUCUCUACAACUGCAGCAAUGACAAAAGAAGAUGGACAAUCAAUUCACUAUGUGUAUGUUUGCAUCAAAAAAAGAGUGAAUUUUAUCGAUGAAUAA